AUGAUGCUGUCAAAAAUUGUGGUUCUGUAUAUUAUAGCUUUUGCUAGAGCUAUCGAAUUGACAUUUGAAUUAUCCGACAAUGCAAAUCAGUGCUUUUUUGAAGACAUCAAAGCUGGCAUUGAUUGCGUUAUUGAAUAUCAGGUAGUAACAGGUGGCCAGUAUGAUGUAGAUAUGACUCUUCAAGAUAAAGAAGGUAAAAUCUUGUAUCAAGGUGCCAAAAAACAAUACGAUAGUUUCUCAUGGAAAACAGAAGCAGAAGGGACAUAUAAGGCAUGCUUCUCAAAUGAAUUUUCAACUUUUUCACACAAGAUAGUCUAUAUGGAUUGGCAAAAGGGAAACGAGGGUCAGCUUUUAGCAAGUCUCGAUAAAGCAACUUCACGAAUAGUAGCCAUGACACAACUUGAAACAUCUGCAUCAGCUAUUGGUGAUCGGCUGAGGUUAAUUGAUGAUUAUCAAACACAUCACCGAUUAAGAGAAGCUACUGGACGUAAGCGUGCGGAGGACCUCAACGAGCGCGUUUUACUGUGGUCCUUGGGACAAACGGCUAUUAUAAUUACUUUGGGAAUAGCACAGGUACUUCUACUUCGUUCAUUUUUCACCGAGAAAUGA